AUGUCUUUCGACGCCCGUGACUCUGCCAACCAGUUCCCGGACGUCAUCGUCGCAGCACAGAAGCCUGAUCCUGAUCGACUUCGUUGCUCUCGUUUCGCUUUGUCAUUUUCUCUCUCUGGUGUCCACAUAUACCCGCACGUUGAAACCCAUGUCGAAGGAUGCUGCUGCUGCUGCUCGUGGACGAAUUUCACUCCGACGACUCCCUCGAUGCGGGUUAUGAAAUCUUUAAGGUCGUUCAUCUUGUUCUUGCUUCAUAAGCGAUUCACUUUCCUUCUCGGCCCUCGUUCUUUCCGCAUCUUCGGGCCUUACGUCUCCUUUCAUUUACCUCCAAGCCGACUUUCAGCGGCAACGCCACGGUUGACGUUCUGUCUUCCCUGCGCCUCAAAGUGGUCAAGCCCAUGUUUCUCCGUUGGGUUCCGGGACAGUGUCUACCUUACCAUUCCUGACAUCUUCUUGCUCCAAGCACUCCCUUUCACAAUCUCGGGAGUAAAGACCAUCGACGGUGAAGAGAAUCUAGUUUUUUUGAUUCGUAUCCGAGAUGGAUUGACGAGGAGGUUGUUGGACAAGGCUCAAGAUGGCUACAAAGGUAUCUUAACAUUUCUAGGUGGUUCGGGCGUCGCGUUCACACUUCCUUUACUAGUGAACGUCCUCAGAUCAUAUACCAUGGAUUAUGGAUUAUUGCAUGACGAUUUGGACAGCAUCUCGAAUGUCCAGGUCGACAUACAUAUAUACAUCACGGAGAUAGCGCAAGAAGCAGAAGGGGAAUGGGAUGACAAUUCGGUGAACACUGACCCUGAAGAGAAAGCGGAGGACCUUCCGACAAGUUCCCAAGCCGGUGUCAGCGAUCCCCUUAUCAGUCCAUUUGUCACUAUCAGGAAACGCCAACGUCCGGACCUUACUGAUAUUAUUCACCGAGAGCUGAAUGCAUGCAGCGGAGGGACGAUUAGUAUCAAUGUUUGUGGGACCAUAGCUUUGGCCGAAGCUGUACGAAGUACUUUAAGAAAGCCCAGAUGUAUGGAUAUCAUGAAGGGAGAGCCGAGUGUCGUGUUGUAUGUGGAAGCCUUCGGAAAUGCCUGGCAGGUCCUCGUGGCGGUUGGAAAGGGGAGUAAUUUGGCUUAUAUUGAUUAUAUUUUGAGACGCCUGAUCCGUCACAUCAUGCAACAAGUUAAUGGAUACUUGAACGUGUACAAUUAUGGGUAA